AUCAAAAUUCACAAUUCACAUCCAACAUGUCAGUUCUGAUUUAAACAUUCCUAAAUUGCCGUGUAUCUAAAUAUUGCAAUGAGAAUUUAAAAUUUAUAAAUUAAUAAAGUAAAAUAAUAAUAAAAAGAUGGCUCGACAGAUAACCAUUGAAGAGGUUAAGAAACAUAAACGUAAAAAUAGUGUUUGGAUGAUAAUUCACGACGAUGUUUAUGAUGUGACCAGGUUUUUAAAUGAACAUCCAGGAGGUGAAGAUACACUCUUAGAGUAUGCCGGCAAGGAUGGGACCCAAGCUUUUGAAGAUGUUCAUCACAGUGAAGAUGCUAGGGAAAUUAUGAAAAAAUUCAAAAUUGGAACAUUACCACCCGAUCAGCGAAAUAAAAGUAUUGUUGAUUGCUGUAAAUGGCGAUCGAAAAAAAAGCCAAGUCACGAGGUUCGAUCAAAAUGUUCAAUUUGUUCAGCUUCCAGUUGCCCGCAUUUACCGAGAAUGUCAAAAACGGAAAAAACAUGGCGGACGUUUGACGGAUCAUCUGGCAGCCAGUCGCAACCUAUUAAGUCAGGUUUUAGAAGGACGUUUGAUCAAAUUAGACAAGACAGAAAUUCGAGAAGAGUAAGUGCAAUUAAUGUGCCGCGGGAAAGCACUUGCAGACCUCGUGGUUAUCCGUGCGACGGUCGAAGCUACACAUGGGUGUUCCUAGCGCUGGCCGGAGCCAUAGCGCUAGGAGUAGUGUGGAAGAAAUAUCUAUCAAAAUAAAUACACACAAAUCUUAAAUGUUACCAGCUGUGAUUGUGUUACCAUUUUAUAAAUUUACAGCCAAAUUUAAUGGAAAAAAUAUUUAUAUAUAUUAAAUGGUAGUUUACUAUUUAUUGUAAUAAUAUAUGAAAUAAUGUUAUAACAUUCUAAUAAUUAAAUUGUCAAAGACAUUAAUAAAGUUGUAUUUAUUCA